AUGAUGGAAAUAUCAAGAGAAGAGCUAGAUGAGAUCUAUGCGUUUGCCGUGCAGCUAGGCCGGCAGGCCGGCAAGAUGCUUAUGGAUGCUGCGCAACUGCGGAUAGAGGGUGGGAAUGCGACAGGACAGGAUGAACAUGUUCAGAAGGAGAAUGCUGUCGACCUAGUCACGGAGACGGAUGAAGAUGUUGAAGCGUUUAUCAAGAAGGCGAUAGCUGACAAGUACCCUCAGCACAAAUUCGUCGGCGAAGAAUCCUACAGCAAAGGCUCAUCACGCGACUACCUAAUCGACAACGCUCCAACAUGGUGUGUCGACCCGCUCGACGGAACUGUAAACUAUAUCCACCUCUUCCCCAUGUUCUGCGUCAGCAUCGCCUUCAUCUACAAGUCCAAACCACUCAUUGGCGUCAUAUACGCGCCGUUCACGAACCAAUUUUUCUCUUCCUGCGCCGGCCGCGGCGCCUUCUUCAACGAAACGCAACGCCUCCCACUCGUCCGCAACCCAAUACCACCUAUGCCAGAGAAAGCGCCUAGCGGGUGUGUCUUUUCAUGUGAAUGGGGUAAAGAUAGGAGGGAUACGCCGGAUGGCAACAUGCAUCGCAAGAUUGAAAGCUUUGUCAACAUGGCAGCCGAAAUUGGGGGAAGGCAGGGAAGAGGAGGUAUGGUACAUGGAGUCAGAAGUUUGGGGAGUGCGACACUCGAUUUGGCAUAUGUUGCUAUGGGCUCGUUUGAUAUCUGGUGGGAGGGAGGCUGUUGGGAGUGGGAUGUCGCGGCUGGCAUUGCUAUAUUACAAGAAGCAGGGGGUUUAGUGACUACAGCAAAUCCACCAGAGGACUGGGCUGGCGCGCCUAUAGAGGAAGUGAGGUUGGGAAGCCGGUUAUAUUUGGCUAUCAGACCAGCAGGACCAUCCCCCGCGGAGACAGGUCGACAGAGUCAAGAGAGGACAGUCCGCGAGGUAUGGCGGCGGGUACGCAACCUAGACUACUCGCGGCCUGGAGCUUAG